AUGGCGGACCGCGUAGCCGGGGAAAAUAUCCCUGGCGGACCGUCGGAGGGAGACCAGAGCUCGGCAGAGCUCACGAGCCUCAAAGCGGAUGUAGGCUCGCUCGCAGAGCAGAUCAGCAAGUUGACGCUACUGGUAGGCGAGCUAACACGGAAGGAGGAGGAGCCCAGCGACGCCAGAGGGAGCGACGUUGGCCGCGGUGACGCUAGAGAGAGCGCCGCCGCGGCGUCUGCAGAAGUCCAAGAAGGGGAAUCGCAGACUGGGAUCGCGCAGGACGACACGUACCUGCGCGAACGUUUCGGAGACUCUGGUCCGGAAGGACCACACAGCGGCGAAGCAGGGGGCUAUGUCCCCCAAGAGGAUUUCUGCCUGGUAGCAAAUGGAGCAAACCUGUUGGACCACCUUCAGGAUGGGACAAUGGAGAUCCCCGUGAAUAGCGGACGAAGCAAGUCGUCAUUGUGCCAACAAUACCUAGCCGAGCAAGUUGAGCUCGCGUUUCACGCGUGGAAUUUUCUGAACCACACUCUCAUCAAAGAGGACGAUAAAAAGACGAUGAAAAGGGCAGAGACGCCCCAGGGGGCCAUCCGGGAGUUAAAAGGAAUGUACGACCCGGAAUCAGCAAUGCAGUCGGUGACGACUUCGAUGCGGCCUACGUCACCGACGGCGGCGGCCGGAAGGGGCAGUCGUCUAGCCGUGGCCGCGGUCGUGGCGGCCGAGGUCGUGGCGGCCGCAAUGGUGGACGCGGCGGUCGUAGCGGUGGAUGCGGCGGCGGCAACGGCGGGGGCGGCGGCGGCGUCGAGGAGAGCAAGGGUAAUGGAAGUGAAGGAGCAGGCGGCGGCGGCAGCGGCGGGGGCACGAGGGUCCCUGGCCGGUNCUACGUCACCGACGGCGGCGGCCGGAAGGGGCAGUCGUCUAGCCGUGGCCGCGGUCGUGGCGGCCGAGGUCGUGGCGGCCGCAAUGGUGGACGCGGCGGUCGUAGCGGUGGAUGCGGCGGCGGCAACGGCGGGGGCGGCGGCGGCGUCGAGGAGAGCAAGGGUAAUGGAAGUGAAGGAGCAGGCGGCGGCGGCAGCGGCGGGGGCACGAGGGUCCCUGGCCGGUGCUACCGGUGCGGUCACGUCGGGCACCAGGGGGACGAAGGCGGAGGGGGACGAAGGCGGAGGUCCUUCGUCGCCCACUUCGGGAGGGGGUGACUUCGGCGGUGGCGAUGACCCCGCCGACAACAGCAGCAACAGCAACGACAGUAGUGGCCCCAGCGACGUCUCCAACAACCACGACGGAGGCGGCAGCGAGCCACUCAGCGGCGACUCUGGUGAUGAGAGCAGCGGCGGGACACAUCUAGCCACGACGGCAGCAACGAUGACGGUGACGGCAGCGAGGCCGUCGACCCCGGCAGCGAUGACGAUGGCGGCGGCGAGACAAGCGACCCCGGUGAGAACGAUGGUGAAGGAACCCCCAGAAGAAGUUUCCGGGCAAGGAUUUGGGAGAAUGCACGUGGAACGGAAGGGAAGAAACUUCUUUGGGGAGCGUCGAGCGCCGGCCAGCUGCGCCAUGUGCUCCAGCCCGGCCGCACCCGGAAGCAGACCCGGGAGUUGCGGAGCUCCGAGGAAGAGCCGAGCGAGGCGCNACCCGGGAGUUGCGGAGCUCCGAGAAAGAGCCGAGCGAGGCGCUAGCCCCCGAGGAGGCGCUGUUAUCAACCGUCCUGGAGACCGAGAACGGUCCGGAGAUCGUUGCGGAAUAUAUCCGCAAUCGCUGUUGGAGGAGCGAAUGCAAGACGAGCAAGCGCACCGUGAGGAGCUGAAGAAGCAGUUACAGUACGAUCUAGUGAAGGCGCUCCAUCGUGAUGCAGGGGAGCUGGAGCUGGCAUUCAGUGCAAUCGAAAAGGACGACGGGUCUCCGCAACCACUCCUUGAACCAGAGCUAAGUAUUCCCUCGCCGAUCGGGCAGAAGCCUAACGAUGUAGANGCUAGCCCCCGAGGAGGCGCUGUUAUCAACCGUCCUGGAGACCGAGAACGGUCCGGAGAUCGUUGCGGAAUAUAUCCGCAAUCGCUGUUGGAGGAGCGAAUGCAAGACCAGCAGGCGCACCGUGAGGAGCUGAAGAAGCAGUUACAGUACGAUCUAGUGAAGGCGCUCCAUCGUGAUGCAGGGGAGCUGGAGCUGGCAUUCAGUGCAAUCGAAAAGGACGACGGGUCUCCGCAACCACUCCUUGAACCAGAGCUAAGUAUUCCCUCGCCGAUCGGGCAGAAGCCUAACGAUGUAGAGGCUGUCCGGCUCACAUACAAAGAUGCGAUGGAUUCCAAGUACAAAGUGUUUUUGGAAGCGGCGAUGAUGAAAGAGAAGGGUGGUCUAGACAAGGCGGGGACUUUCACGAAAAUUGGAAAACUUCCCCAGGGGCGGAAGGCAGUGAGUACGAAGUGGGUGUUUUCGUACAAGACGAAGAAAAGGAUUCCGGGGGUAGAUUUCCACCACUCAGCUUCUGCAUGCCCGUCUACGACGUCCAUCAAAACCGUGAUUGUUGUAGCCACCGAGAAGAAAAAGAAGAUGUUCCACUGGGACAUUAAACAAGCGUACAUUCACGCUAAGUUCAAAGAAGAGAUUUUUAUCAGGCUUCCCCAGAGUUGUGGUGACAUGUCUGGCAAGGCGUGCAAGGUUGAGCGUGCACUGUAUGGCCUGAAACANCCCAUCAAAACCGUGAUUGUUGUAGCCACCGAGAAGAAAAAGAAGAUGUUCCACUGGGACAUUAAACAAGCGUACAUUCACGCUAAGUUCAAAGAAGAGAUUUUUAUCAGGCUUCCCCAGAGUUGUGGUGACAUGUCUGGCAAGGCGUGCAAGGUUGAGCGUGCACUGUAUGGCCUGAAACAAAGCGGUCGCGAGUGGGGGUUUGAAGCUGCUGAUGCCCUCAUCGCGAAUGGGUACGAGCAGUGCAGGGCUGACCCGUGUGUUUUCCGUAGGAUGGUUGACGGAGAGGUCGUAGGUCUAAUCGUGAUCUACGUAGACGACAUUUUGUUGGUGGCGUCCGAGCAAGAGCGUCAAGAGUUGCUUGCUUCCCUCCAGAAGAAGUUUCCGGUGAAGGAUUUGGGAGAAUGCACGUGGUAUGAUGGGAUUGGCAUUGAGAUGGACCUCGAGAACGGCAUCACCAAGUUGUCCCAGACGGCGUACAUCGAGAGCAUCAUCAAGCGGUUUAACGUGACUACUACCGCCCCCACGCCUGCUGUCCCCGGUGCUGACCUAGGGCCGAAACGAGAUGACGAGCCCACGGUGGACAAGCCAGUGAGGGAGGCACUCGGGUGCCUGAUGUGGGUGGUGCACAAGAGGCCGGACAUCGCUCUGCCGUUGAGCAAGAUCCUGAAGGUGGCUCACUCUCCCACCGACAGGAUAUGGCAGGCGCUUCUGAGGGUCAUGUCUUACCUUAACGCCACGAAGGACCUGAGCCUCACCUAUGUGCGGGGAGCAGGGCUAGAUCUAGGAGUGUGGGUCGAUGCCAGCUACGCUGACGAUGUUGUUGACAGGCGUUCGACGACGGGACUAGCCGUAACCGUAGGUGGUAGCACGGUGAACGGAACCACAAAGACGCAGCGUGUGCCGGCGCAGUCAUCCUCGGAGGCAGAGUACCUAGCAGCCGGGGAGGGAGUGAAGGAGGCGUUGAAUGUGCGUGCGGUUCUGUCUUUCGUAGCGCCUGAGACGAGUGGGGCGAAGAUCAAAGUCCUUGAAGACAACAAGGGAGCUCUUCUUGCUCUGGUGGUGCAGAACCUUCAGCUCGGCGAGGAGCAAGCACAUCGACGUGCGCACGCCGACAUGCUGACCAAGGUCCUUGGUAGGACCAAACUGGAGUACCACCGGAAGGCCCUGAUGAACCUCCCGGAGUAGUCCUGGCUUCUGUGUUACUGUAUUUUAGCACUGCAUCUCGAAUGUUCUGAUUUCUGUGUUGCAUUUAGCGCUGGGCAUCUAUGGCCAUUGUUUGUCAUGCAGGAAGCAUUGGUCGGCGCGUCACAUGACCGGUCCAAUUUGUCCUGCCAUUUGGUCUUUGUCUUGGAAGUGCGGCCGUUGGAAUCCUCCGUGAUAGCAACGGUUUCUAUAUUUGGGUACGCGAGGGUUUUUGAUCCGGAUGGCCCUAUUUUCCACCGUUGUUGAUUUGGUUCUUUCAGGUAGGGGCAUAGUCUAGGUAUUUUACCAUGACGGUUACUAUGCGGUGGAACCUAUGCGGUGGAACCUCUCGAGCUCUCUCGAGCUUAUCGGGACCUCACUCUUCCUCCGCUCCCCUUUCGCGUGCUCCGCAACCACAUAAGGGUGCUAUAAUAGAACACCCGACAAACCGAGUUCCCCUUAAUCUUCCGUCUACAGCUUCCCAACAUAACAUACAGAUAUAUACACAAGAUGGCUACCAAACUGCCUUGUUGAGCCUGUUACCCAUGUCUGCUUUUGGUUGCAAAAGACACGGGUUCAAAACCCGCUGCUCACCUAAUUUUCUUCCGGAGUACGGAAAAAGAAAAACGGUGGGUGGGCCAAGAAACGAUGCACUGUCGAUCGAACUCGAAACUUCUGGCAACGCGUGGCGGAAGUGGUUCACCCGCACACACGCACAGAAAAUGGUUGGAAAAAAGGUGGUUCUACUCGCCGCCAGCCGGUCGGGUUCCGGUUACCCCAAGAAGACCUUCUCUUGCCUGGCAAACAAGAAGAAGCCUCGAAAAAGGGGGGGGGUAAUGUGGAGACCACCUUCA